GGGGGCGUGGUCUGGGGGCGGUACUGGUCCUCAGCUCGACCCAGUUUGAAAGUGAACCGACGGUCCAGUCUCUGCUUCAGCCACCAGACAACAACAAUAAACCGCGAGUGGUCAAAAGCAGAAGCCCGAUCCCAAGUGUGCUUCAGCCUGUCGCCGGCCCUCCUGACGAACCAGCCACCAGACUACCGGUGAAAACGCACCCUCAGAGUGUGUUGUCGUCCCAGCAGGCUGCCACAAUGAUGCGAAAAGAUGUGAACAAGCCCAAGGGAAAGACGUCGGCAUACGCCUUCUUUGUGCAGACGUGUCGAGAGGAGCACCGCAAGAAGAACCCAGAGCAGUCUGUCAACUUUGCAGAGUUCUCCAAGAAGUGUUCAGAGAGAUGGAAGGCUCUGUCUCCCAGUGAUAAGAAGUGUUUCGAGGACAUGGCCAAGGCUGACAAGGUGCGUUAUAACCGGGAGAUGAGAGACUACGUCCCGCCCAAAGGCUUUGGAAAGAGAGGCCGCAAGAGGAAAGACCCCAAUGCGCCCAAAAGACCACCGUCUGCGUUCUUCGUCUUCUGCAGCGAGUACCGUCCCAGCGUGAAGCAGCAGUACCCGGGCCUCUCCAUAGGAGACUGCGCCAAAAAACUGGGAGAGAUGUGGAGCAAGCUGUCGCAGUCUGACAAGCAACCGUACGAAGAGAAGGCGCAGAAACUCAGAGAGAAAUACGACCGGGACAUGGUGGCGUAUCGGGGUGGCGCCUCAUAUGGUAGGAACCCCGGUUCGUCUGCGCAGGGGGGUGAGGAAGAAGAGGAGGAUGAAGGCGAGGAUGACGAAGAAGAGGAUGAAGAUGAUGAGUAGGGACACAGCUGUAGGGAUACAGAGGUGUGUGUGCGUGUGUGCGCGUGCGUGUGCGUGUUUGAGGAGUAAGGUCAAAUUUCAGAUCUUUCACACAAACUUCUUUUUAGAGAAAAGACGUCUCCAAGCUGCUGAUUGGCUUAUAAAGUGGCAGGGGCGGAGCUUCACAGGAGGCGUGGUUACAGAUAGACAUACACACGGGAGCCAAUCAGAGGCACUUGUGUUGUCCCCCUCAAUGGACUGACACUGUCGUCCUCGUUGUCCUCAUUUGUGUGUUUUUUUGAAAUUUACUUGAGCUUCUUGCUCCUUGUGUUGUGCUUUAGAGGUCAAAGGUCACAGAUCAGCCGGGCCAUGUGACGUACACACACACACACACACACACUGUGGAUAACUGAUUGCUUGUGUGUGUAAGAUGAGGUCAUUGGAUGUUACAAGUGUCUGAGGAGGAUGACACUCUCUGUUGGUUACCCCCACCGGCCCCUCCCCCAGCCAAGCUUACCUGUGUGUUACCAUGGAGACCUUGGACUCUUCAUUGUCAUGUUGUUUUUUAAAAAUUUUUUGUUCACCGUCAAUGUAGAAACGACUUUUAUAAUAAAACAAACGAGGAAAAUGUA